AUGACGCUUCUGCCGAUGGAAAAUCGAGAAAGCAUCAUAUGUUCGCUCAAAAGUAGCACAUGGCACUCGCGACUUGUUCUAAUCCUAUGUUUCGAGAAAGAUAAGCCGAACAACAUCCCACCAGUACUGGAAGAUUAUAUUAGACAGAUAGCUAGAAACGGUCAAACGAUGAUCCCUUGGAUAUACAUCAAACCUCUCUUGCUGCACAAGUUUAACAAGGUAGUUGAUGGACUCCUGAGUGAUAGUGGUGCAUCCGACUCUAUGGCGGUGUCACCUGUUACGGCUGAGUUGCGCCAGAGAGUGUACGACACACUUAAGCGCUUGGAUGGCAUUCCGUUCACAAUCCAGCGCAUUUGCGAGUUGCUGGAGAACCCGUUCAGGCAUUACAGUCGCCCAGACAAAUACUUGCGUGGAUUUGAGAAGGUAAUGCAGAUCACUGCUUACUCUAUUAUUAAGGUGUGCAUGGUAGUUUCUACCGUCGAUCCUCACGGAAAUAAGAUGCAUAUGGAGGAUCCGCGAUUUCCAAGCCGCGCUGGUCUAGACGAAUGCGGUUUGGCCCUGAGUGAUCCGUUGAUUUCCCCGCCGCCGUCUCCAUCCAUCUAUGAUUUGCACAGACGACGGCCAUCUAGGUCAUCAGACGAAGAGGACGCAACUGACGAAGAGGAGAACGAAGACGAAGAAGACGUCCCUACGGAAGGUAGCUCGCAUGAUUCCCCGAACUCUCCUGGUGUUGUAACAUCCUUAGCACAGCCACCCACGCUUACUGCUGCCGCGUCUUCUAGCGAUUGGCUGUUAGGUACCGAAGUUUCUGUCGAUCCGGUCCCUUGUAAGCCACAUGGACACAGCUUACCGCCAAGUGAUGACACGACGGGGCAGAUUUCAGCAAGAUCGGCAGUGCCAGCGUCUACUUCAAGUACAAGCCCUUCACAGCGGACCUUCGUUGAAAUUAACGAAGGGAAAACAACAGAGGUGAGUGAACAAGUGGGCGAUGUAGACGCAUUUUCGCACACCGAAGCGGUCGCAACUGAGGCGUCUGAGAGGCCAGCAUUAUCAUCACCGCCUGUGCACAACGAUGAAACCCCGGUGCAUACACGGAGUGCUUCGCCUGUCGAAACGGCGUCUGGUUCACCGCUGCAGCCCGGUUCUGGCACAAACAAGGAUGAGUGGUUAACCGAAUCCCCGAUUCGUGGCCUUACAUCACGUAAAUCUGGCAGUGGAUGUUUGUCUGUAGUAGCCGGGGAAGGCGUUCCACCGAUCGUUCACAUUCUCAGACCAAUUGGACAAUUGGAAGCUUUCGUGCAGAACGUUGGUGCUGAAAUCUCUUCAUCUCCACCCACUUCCUUAUCCACUGCACUUAGCAAUACAUCUGACAUGAGUGCUUCAUUUGAUCCCACGAUCCCUGUGUCGCAAGGGACCACCCUAUCGGAGCAGGAGGAACGGAUCGCCUUACCAGAAAUAGAUGCACAAGGAAAGAUUAUCGGAGGUCCCAGUUCCGCUAAUCCUAAACCACAACACAUUUUUGUGUUUUGUUCUUCAUCGCAGCUUACACCAGGUGUCAAGCGACGCGCCACUUCUCCAGACUCGUCCGAUCAGUUUUCUGAUGACCCACAUGCCAGCACUUCUUCUGAGGUAGAAGAUUUUCAAAAGAGUCCGGCGAAACGACGUCGUCUUACGGCGACCGUCUCAGCAACACCAGAGGAAGACGAACUGCAUCAUUUCUCCGGGCCAACGCCACUUUCUUUGAACGGCUCUCCGCCAAUAAUCGUCUGCAACUCCGUGGUGGCAAAUCGCGACCGAGAUUCAGGUGAACAAACACGUUCUGUUUUUCCCUCUCCUCCCGCUCAUGAAGACUUGGAAUCGGACAAUCUUGGAGAUUAUUCGGAAUCGAGUGAACCAACCGUACCAACACAGUCAGACUCACUGACUGGAAGCACUGUGCAUCAUCAGACUCAUCACAUUAAUUCUGAAACAGGAGAAGAAGAAACCUAACUAAACCUCAUUUGGUAGGGUAAUUUUGAACUUCAUUGUGACGAUUUUGUGUCGACUUGUGUACGUGUACAUUUGGUGGAGAUGAUGUGUUCUUAUCUGAAUAUAUAAACUCAUCAGCAUCGCAGAUUUUCUUAUGGCUUUUUUUAGCGCGUUCUUUAUCCGUGGGAUAUCGAUUCUUUGAAUUUCAGUUUAUCGUGUGGAUGAACGAAACUGCGGCAGCUACAACUACUGUACGACGAGUACGCGGUUAUUACAGCUGACAAUGUUUUUGUUAUGUGUGUGGAUGAAGUUAACGAAAGGUCUUAGGCUUCUAAGUGGUUAAUUCUACAUACACACGGGCUCUUUCGCUUCCAAACCCUGCCGUUAUCUUCUGUGGUAUACAAGUGUGUUUGUAAGACUUUCUGAUGAAUUUAGCCUUUAUUUCUCUUCCUCUCGGUACCUUAAAACGGUGGGUAUAACUUGGUGCACCUAUUCUUAGUUCCUGUUUGACUAUACCAUGUAAGCACGUUUUCGUGGAAUAAACCAUUGCCCGCUA